AUGUCGGUUGAGUUUGCUACUAAUCCGUUUGGCAAGACCAAAAAUGAAACAUCAUUGCCCAACUACGGUACACCCGUGACCGCCAUCUCCUCCGUGCUGUUCAAUAACGUGGACUCUAUUUUUGCGUAUAAGUCCUUUUCUCAACCUGAUUUAUUACAUCAGGAUUUGAAGAGAUGGUCGGAAAAGAGCGGCGACGAGUCACGUGCUAAGACCUUCUUUCAAGAGCUAGACGUCAGAUCUGGUGCUGGUCUGACCCCCUUGGGGUUUUCUCAUGGAUUGAAGAAUACUGUAGCUAUAGUUGCCCCAGGGUUUGCGCUACCAUACUUCAUAAACUCCUUACAAAACGUCCCACAUGCUGGAAAGUUUCUUCUAAACGUUGGCGCGUUGAACUAUGACAACACCACCGGCUCUGUCACCAACGACUAUGUCACGGCGCUGGAUGCUGCUUCUAAGCUCAAGUAUGGUGUUGUAACUCCAAUUUCCACCAAAGAGGUGCAAAGUGUCGCUUUACUAGCAUUGGCGAUUGCCAGUUUUAGUAAUAGUUCGGGUGCUAUCAAUUUAUUUGACGGGUUAAACUACGCGAAGACCAUUGUCCCAUUGGUUGGAUCUGCUCCAGAAUCCUCCAUUUUGGCAAGGUUAUCCAAGGUCAUCGCACCAGGGGCUGCGUUUGACGAUGUCUUGGAUAAGUUUAACGAAUUGACCGGAUUGAGACUACAUAACUUCCAAUACUUUGGUGCUCAAGAUGCUGAAACCGUGUUCGUCACCUAUGGGUCCCUAGAAUCUGAAUUAUUCAAUUCUGUAAUCAGCGGUAAUGAUGCCAAAAUCGGGUUAAUCAACAUCAGAGUGCCAUUACCUUUCAAUGUGGCUAAAUUUGUCACCCACGUUCCAUCUACUACCAAAAAAAUAGUCGUCAUUGGCCAAACUUUGGACGGGUCUUCGCCUUCCUUCUUGAGAUCUCAGGUGUCAGCUGCCUUAUUCUAUCAUGGCCGCACAUCAAUCAAUGUUUCUGAGUACAUUUACCAACCAAACUUCAUUUGGUCUCCAAAUGCCGUUAAAUCAAUUGUUUCUUCAUUCAUCCCUAGCUUCGCUUUUGACACUAACUUGGUAUAUGGUGAAGGGUUUAUCUAUUGGGCUUCCGAUAAAAGUAUCAAUAUUGACGUAGCUUCCAGACUGGUGAAAACUUUGUCCCUGGAAGAUGAGAAAUAUGUGUCUCUAAGAACUAAAUUUGAUAACUUCGCGAAUGCUGGUACUUUCCAAGCCCAAUUCGUCACCUCUGAAGAACAAACCAUCACUUCGAAUAUCGACUCUACAAAAUUGGCGAUCGUGGAAAGUGCUAGCUUAUUAAAACAUUUGGAUGUAACCGCUACCGUCGUGGAACAAGGUGCUAUUGUAUUAGUGUCUCAAAAACCGACUAAAGAUUUAGAUCUGAAUUCUGUGGAAAGUUAUGUGAAGCAUCUGGAAAUUCCUCAGUCAUUUUUAAUCUCUAUUGCAAAGAAAAGCAUAAAAUUGUUUAUCAUUGAUGCUGAGAGCAUUAAUGAUGAAUCCAAAUUGUCCUUAUUUAUUCAGGCUGUGUUCUGGAAAUUAGCCUUCAAACUGGACGUCGCUGAAGCUACAAACCGCAUUUGGAAAGGAAUUGAUUCAAACGCCGAUAUUUCAGCAGCUUCCAUCUCUGAGUUUCUCACUCUGGCUUUCAAAGACUCCAUCAAAGAGGUUCCAUCAGAGGCGUACAUCAAUUUUUCCGAAAUUAUCAUUGAAAAGAAAGACGGUGAAGAAGAGCUCACUGCUUUGCCGAUCUUUGUCAAUGAAACAUCCUUUGUUCCAAACCAAAGUACCGUUGAAGAAAUUCCAUUACCGCAAGCCUCUGGAAUCUCUAACAUUGCCAAAAAAUUGUCCUUUCAAGAAGCAUAUGAGGUUGAAAAUCAAUUAAGACCUGAUUUACCUGUUAAAAACUUUGUCGUGAAAGUUAAAGAAAAUAGACGCGUAACACCAGAUGAUUAUGAUAGAUAUAUUUUCCACAUUGAAUUUGACAUCUCUGGUACUGGCAUGACUUAUGAUAUCGGUGAAGCACUUGGUAUUCAUGCUAGAAACAAUGAAGCUUUGGUUAAAAAGUUCUUACAAUCUUAUGGCCUAAAUGAAUUCGAUAUUGUCUUGGUGCCCAACAAGGACAAUCAUCACUUUUUGGAAACAAGAACAGUUUUACAAGCAUUCGUGGAAAAUUUGGAUGUUUUUGGGAGACCACCAAAGAGAUUUUACGAGUCGCUAAUUCCAUAUGCCACUAACGAGGAAGAAAAGAAGAAAUUGGAAGAUUUGGUCACUCCCGCUGGUGCGGUUGAUUUGAAGAGAUUUCAAGAUGUGGAGUACUACACAUAUGCUGAUAUCUUCGAAGCAUUCCCAUCUGUUCGUCCAUCUCUUGAAGAGCUUGUUACCAUUAUUGAACCAUUAAAGAGAAGAGAAUACUCUAUUGCCUCCUCUCAAAGAGUUCAUCCUAACGAAGUUCAUUUGCUGAUCGUCGUUGUCGACUGGAUAGAUAACAAGGGCAGAAAGAGAUACGGCCAAGCUUCUAAAUACAUCUCAGAUCUGGCUAUUGGUUCAGAACUGGUGGUUAGCGUUAAACCAUCUGUCAUGAAAUUACCUCCAUCACCAAAGCAACCAGUUAUAAUGAGUGGUUUGGGUACCGGCUUGGCACCAUUCAAGGCAAUCGUUGAGGAGAAAUUAUGGCAAAAGCAACAAGGUUACGAAAUUGGUGAAGUUUUCUUAUACUUAGGUUCAAGACACAAAAGGGAAGAAUACCUAUAUGGUGAAUUAUGGGAAGCUUACAAAGACGCUGGUAUCAUCACACAUAUCGGUGCUGCAUUUUCAAGAGAUCAACCUCAAAAGAUUUAUAUUCAAGAUCGUAUCAAAGAGAAUUUGGAUGAACUGAAAACUGCAAUUAUUGACAAUGAGGGUUCAUUUUACUUGUGUGGUCCCACUUGGCCAGUCCCAGAUAUUACUCAAGCUUUGCAAGAUAUUUUGGCCAAAGAUGCUAAAGAGAGAGGCGUUAAAGUUGAUUUGGAUGCCGCAAUUGAAGAGUUGAAGGAAGCUUCAAGAUACAUUCUAGAAGUCUACUAG